CAAUGUGUUAGAGGAGGACAGAAUAACAUUCUAACGCAUUGCAUUCAUUUUUCUACUAGCAGACUUCCAAUAAUUGUUGCUGUCUGGCUGGUUUAACUUUUAAAUAGUUACAUUAUUUUCUAAAGGAUAAGCAAAAGCAAUUGAAAUGUUGCAAACAGUCGAAGCUGAGCAAAUAAACACUUACUCCCGCAGGUCCAGUUCCCGAUCGCGAUCUCGGCGAGAAAGAGAAAACCAUGGAAGACCGAGGGAAAACCGUGGUCGGGCAAGGGAAUGUGAGCGGAAACGGGAGGACCACAAGGUUCCCUACUUCACGGAUGAGGUACGGGAACGGGAUCGAGUGAUGAGACUGCACCAAAGAUCCCCCAGAUCCGGCAGACGCACCCGCUCCAGAUCUAGAUCUCAGUCAUCCGAGCGGGCGAGCAGGCACAGAAGGCAACGCGCCCGCUCGAGGAGUCGGAAUCGCAGCACCGAGCGGAGGCAGCGCCAAAGAACUCCACACCGGUACAAUCCGCCGCCAAAGAUCAUCAACUACUAUGUGCAAGUGCCAGCACAGGAUUUCUACGGGAUGUAUGGGACAUAUGGCAUGGCCCCGCCGCCAAGGUUUGGAUUCCAGCGACCACCACGUCCUCCGCCCUUCCCGUCGGCCACUUACCUACCUAGAUUCCGCCAUCGCCCUCCAUUCCUGGGAGCGCACCGCUUCGGGUAUAGAAACGCGUGGCAACCACCAAAUUAGACAUACGCCAUUCGACAUAAUUACAAAUUUAUUUACAUUCGUGUGUUUUGUACAUUAAAAUAAUAAAUAUAUAUAUUUGAAAC